GCCGUCCGUCCGUCCGUCCGCAGGGCGGGGACGCGGUGACGGUGGCGGCGGCUCCGUGUCGCCGGAGCCGAAGCGCGCAGGCCCGUCCCGGCGGUCGGGGGGCGGGCGGGGCUGGGGCGCCAUGUGGUUCAUGUACGUGCUGAGCUGGCUUUCGCUCUUCAUCCAGGUGGCCUUCAUCACGCUGGCCGUCGCGGCUGGACUCUAUUACCUGGCAGAACUGAUAGAAGAAUAUACAGUGGCCACCAGCAGGAUCAUAAAAUACAUGAUCUGGUUCUCCACAGCUGUGCUGAUUGGCCUCUACGUGUUUGAGCGUUUCCCCACUUUCAUGAUUGGCGUGGGCCUCUUCACCAACCUCGUCUACUUUGGCCUCCUCCAGACCUUCCCCUUCAUCAUGCUGACCUCGCCUAACUUCAUCCUUUCGUGCGGGCUAGUGGUGGUGAAUCAUUACCUAGCAUUUCAGUUUUUUGCAGAGGAAUAUUAUCCUUUCUCAGAGUGUCUCUUGUUGCCAGGUCCUGGCCUAUUUCACUUUCUGUCUGUGGAUAAUCCCGUUUGCGUUCUUUGUGUCACUGUCGGCUGGGGAAAACGUCCUGCCCUCCACCAUGCAGCCAGGAGAUGACGUGGUCUCCAAUUACUUCACCAAAGGCAAGCGGGGCAAACGCUUAGGGAUCCUGAUUGUCUUCUCCUUCAUCAAAGAGGCCGUUCUACCCAGUCGUCAGAAGAUAUACUGAACCCCUUGGGGAGGGGAUGUGGGGACAAAAUCAGGAGAGUCGGGCCCCUGGGCCUCUGCACUAGGUGGGGGCCAUGAGCCUGGGAGGCACCUUCCCCCCGCCCUGGCCCUUGUUCCCUUGACUCUCCCUGAAGCCCUCAUCCCCACCUUCCUCGAAGGGCUCAGCUUGGCUCAGAUCUGACGUUGCUAGAGGCUGUGACCUCAGAGGGCACCAGGAGGAUGGCAGAGCCUGCUUAGCCAGGAGGCCAUGGGCCACCUGGUUAGGCGGGAGCUGAGCUCCCUCUGACCCUCCUACCCACUUCCGUGGUGGGUCAGGAGGUUCUGGCUCAGCCGGGGCAGGCGGGGCAGGGGCUAUGAAGCUGGAGAGCAGACAGGGAUAAGUUCUCUGGGCAGAUGGCCGUGGGGAGGGGCCAUGGCUUGGCACUUCCAGGAGAAAUAGUUUUUGCUGUUGAACUGUGAUUUCUGUCCCAAGUGCUGAUUCCCAUUUGAAUAAAGACUCUAGGUGGCACUGUUUGCCUUAA